CCCGUCCCGCAGCCCCCCCCCUCGGCGCCCCGCGCGCUGCUGGCGCAGGUGAACGGCUCGUCCGUCCGUCUGUCCUGGAGCCCCCCCCGGGCGGGGGGCGAGCGGCCGGACCUGCGCUACCACGUGGGGUGCCGGGCGUGCCCCCCGCCCCGCGGGGCGCCCCCCGCCUGCGGGCCCUGCGGACCCCUGGCCUGGGCGCCCCCUCCCCAGGGGCUGCGGACCCCCGCGGUCAGCGUGGCCGGGCUGCGGCCCCGCGUCACCUACAGCUUCAGGGUCAGCGCCCGCAGCGGGGUCUCCGCGCCCGGGCCCCCCGAGCCCCCCGCGGCCGAGAUCAACGUCACCGCCGGCGCCGACGUGCCGCCCCCCGUGUCGGACGUGGUGCGGGUGGGGGGGGGUCCCGGGGGGGUCACCCUGGCCUGGCCCAGCCCCCCCCCGGGACCCCCCGGGCCCCCCGUGCUGGACUACGAGGUCAAGUACUACGAGAAGCUGGGGGGCGGGGAGGGGCCCCCCCAGUUCCUGAAGGUGCCGCGGCCGCGGGCGGAGCUGGGGGGGGCUGCGCCGGGGGGGGCUCUACGGGGUCCGGGUCAGGGCCCGCUCCGAGGGCGGCUACGGCGACUUCGGGCCCGAGACCACCGUCAGCGCCUCGGGCAGUGCGCCUCGGGCAGUGGGACCAAAACUGCCCCAAAACACCCCAAAAACCGCCCCAAAACCUGCCCCAAAAUACCCCUGAAACACCCCAUAACCCCCGAGACCACCGUCAGCGCCUCGGGCAGUGAGGGGUCCCGCGGGGGUCCCGGGGGGGUCGUGGCCGGAGCCGCUGCCCUGGGGGGGCUCCUGGUGCUGGCGCUGCUGGGGGGGGCCCUGCUGUGCCUCAGGCGCUGGAGGCUCCGGGCGGAGAAGCAGCGACGAGAGCCCGGCCCGGGGAGCUCUGGUGGGAAGCUCUACAUCGACCCCCUGACCUACGAGGACCCCGAGGUGGCCCUGAGGGACUUCGCGCAGGAGAUCGACGUCACCUGCGUCACCAUCGAGGAGGUCAUCGGCGCAGGUGAGUUCGGCGAGGUGUGGCGCGGCCGGCUGUGCCUGCCGGGCCAGCCCGAGGCUGAGGUGGCCGUGAAGACGCUCAAGGGCGGCGCGGGCGAGCGGCAGCCGGAGUUCCUGCGCGAGGCGGCGCGCAUGGCGCAGUUCCUGCACCCCAACGUGCUGCGGCUGCGCGGCGUGGUCAGCGCGGGGAGCCCGGCCAUGAUCGUCACCGAGUUCCUGCUGCACGGGGCCCUGGACGCCUUCCUCAGGGUGGGGACAGGGACGCUGUCCCCGCUCCAGCUGGUGGCCAUGCUCCGCGGCAUCGCGGCCGGGAUGCGUUACCUGGCCGAGGCCGGCUUCGUGCACCGCGACCUGGCGGCGCGCAACAUCCUGGUGGAUGCACACCUGGUCUGCAAGGUGUCCGACUUCGGGCUGUCGCGGGCGCUGGACGGGGACAGGGACAGCGACCCCACCUACACCAGCUCCCUGGGCGGGAAGAUCCCGAUCCGCUGGACGGCGCCCGAGGCCAUCGCCUUCCGCACCUUCACCUCGGCCAGCGACGCCUGGAGCUACGGGAUCGUCAUGUGGGAGGUGCUGAGCUUCGGGGAGCGGCCCUACUGGGACAUGUCCAACCAGGACGUGAUCAACGCCAUCGAGCAGGAUUACCGCCUGCCGCCCCCGCCGCGCUGCCCGCCGCCGCUGCACCGGCUGAUGCUGCAGUGCUGGCAGCGCGAGCGCUCCGCCCGCCCCACCUUCCCGCACCUGGUGCGCGCCCUGGACCGCCUCAUCCGGCACCCCCAGAGCCUGCGCCCGCCCCCCCCGCGGCCCAGCAGGUGA